AAAAAAGAAUAAUAAUUUAAAUGAAAGUUGGAAAGCAAAAUUCAGAUACGUGACGAGGACGAAGUCUCCGCUUUUUAAACAUCACUGAAUAUCGGAAAUGGAAACAACGCGCCCACGCGCCACCGAACACACCGGCGGAAACAUAACAAUAGACCUCCCAAUCGGCGAAAUCGUCGGCGCUAACUUCGACCUUGGAAACGCGGUAUGCAGUCACGGCCUCUUCAUGAUGGCUCCCAACAAGUGGGACCCACACUCAAAAACCCUAGCGCGUCCAUUGCGUCUCAAUAGCGAUGGAGAUUACGAUUCUCCGUCGGUGAAUGUGCAGAUAUCACACCCUGAGGAUACUCCCAGUGCACUUCGUCUCCGUGUUUUCGAUGUCGAGUUCCUGUCGAAUAAUCAGAAACAAUCACUUAUGGAUCAAGUGAGGCGAAUGCUGCGAUUGAGUAAAGAAGAGGAGCAGAAUGUGAGGGAAUUCCAGGAGAUGUAUAUCGAGGCAAAGAAGAAGGGCUUUGGGAGAUUGUUUAGGUCUCCGACGUUGUUUGAAGAUAUGGUUAAGUGCAUACUUCUAUGCAACUGCCAGUGGUCAAGGACUUUGAGCAUGGCUAGAGCAUUAUGUGAACUUCAGAUGGAACUUAAGUCUCCUCUAUUAGGUUCUCCAGUUUGUGAAGCUAAUAAUUGUUCAGCAUCUAGGAACCGAGUAGCUGAUAUUGACCAAUUUCUUCCAAAGACGCCUGUCGGAAAAGAGGUAAAGAGAAGGAAUGGAACUCGAAAGGAUUCUUCACUUUCUGCAAUCAGCAACGCAGAGGUUGAAAAAGAUGUUUCCGUCAAUAUAGACUGUGCUGAAAUUUCAGGAUUUCAUAGGCUAGAUAAACAAGGCACAAGCUUCCAUAUGAGAACAGAUAAGAACAUUUAUAUGCCAUUUGAUGAUUCUUCUACUUUAGCUGAAUCAGCCGGAGUUAAUUUAAACUUGAUCUCUGAUGCUAAUUCAUCAGAAAUAGCCCAUGAUUACUCGAGUAAUUAUAUUGGAAAUUUUCCUAGUCCAGCAGAGUUAGUAAGCAUUGAUGAAAAUAUCUUGGCAAAUCGCUGCAAGCUUGGUUACAGAGCAAAACGCAUAAUUAGUCUUGCUCGAACUAUCGUUGAAGGAAGGAUUCAACCUAAACAACUGGAGCAAGCCUGCAGCAGACCAAGCGUAUCCAUAUACAAUAAGCUUGCUGACCAGCUGAAAGAAAUUGAGGGAUUCGGUCCAUAUACAUGUGCCAACGUGCUCAUGUGCAUGGGGUUUUACCAUGUGAUCCCAUCUGAUUCCGAAACUAUUAGGCAUAUUAAACAGGUUCACAAGAGAAAUUCUGACAUUCGAACAAUUGGACAAGAUGUUGAAGUGAUUUAUGGAAAAUUUGCACCAUUUCAGUACUUGGUAUAUUGGUCGGAAGUGUGGUCCUUCUACGAGGAAAGGUUUGGAAGGCUGAGACAAAUGAUUUAUUCUGACUAUAAACUUAUAACUGCCACUAAUUUGAUACCGAAAACCCCUGCCAAACAGAAGAAAAAUAAGCGAAUUAAGCUGACGUAAUGUGAAAGUGUCAUUGUCUGGGUGAGCACACACGUGUUAUUUCUUGCCUUUUUGCUCUUAGCCCAGUUACAUAAUCUCCAUGUAUGGAUUACCUACAAUAAGAAUACAAGUUCGGACAAUGUAAUUUGUGUUGAAUAUUUUUAAGUGUGCCUUCUGUGGAUAGUCGCAUGUUAGUUACUUACACAUAAUCUGUUUAGCAAAAUGUUCAUGAUUCAGUGAAUAGUUGAUGUGGCCAAGUGUGUUUGAGUUAUAAAAAUGACCUGACCCAUUGUGGCCAGAGAA